GUCUGGUGCACUUUGAUCCCUGGAGGGAGGCUUGGCAGAGGCAGCUGGUGCCCUGCCCAAGCUGGGAACAGGCUCCACAGCACCCAUCACUGUGUUCCUGGUGGGUCAGGAUGAGGCCUCUGCUGUGGGCUGCCUGCAGCCAGCUGCUGCCCCGGGGGGCUGGGCUCUGCGCCCCCAAGCUGGCUGGGACCACUAUGGUGACCUCCUCACACCACAGCCUGCAGCCCUCAACCCUUCUGGCCACCUCCAGCUCCCCAGCCAGUGCAUCUGCAGGGUUCCUGCAGCCCCUGGUCCCGGGGAGCAGAGCCCCCAGCUGCUGGAGCUCGGGGUUCAAUGUGCCCCCCAGCGCCCAGCUCGUGGCCCGGCCUGCGGGGGUGUGCUCCAUGAUGAAGCUUCCCGUGCAGGCGUCAGCAGAGGGACUGGACGUGGCGUUCGUGGGAGUUCCGCUGGACACGGGCACAUCCAACCGGCCAGGAGCCAGGUUCGGGCCGCGCCAGAUCCGCGCCGAGUCCUCCAUGCUGCGGCGGUUCCACGGCAGCACCGGCGCGGCGCCGUUCGACUCGCUGCGCGUGGCCGACCUGGGGGACGUGAACGUCAACCUCUACAACCUGGCCGACAGCUGCCGCCUCAUCCGCCACUCCUACCAGCACAUCGUGGCCUCUGGCUGCGUGCCCCUCACCCUGGGUGGAGAUCACACCAUAACAUACCCAAUCCUGCAGGCCCUGGCGGCAAAGCACGGUCCCGUGGGCCUGGUGCACGUGGAUGCUCACACCGACACCGGGGCCGGGGCUCUGGGGGAGAAGAUCUACCACGGCAGCACGUUCCGGCUCUGCGUGCAGGAGGGGCUGCUGGACUGCGGCCGAGUGGUUCAGAUCGGCAUCCGAGGCUCCUCCUACGAGCCCGACCCCCACAAGUACUGCCGGGAGCAGGGUUUCCGGGUGGUCCUGGCUGAGGAGUGCUGGAUGAAGUCCCUGGAGCCGCUGAUGAGGGAGGUGAGGGCACAGCUGGGGGACAAGCCAGUGUACAUCAGCUUCGACAUCGACGGGCUGGACCCCGCCUACGCCCCGGGCACGGGCACUCCGGAGAUAGCCGGGCUCACACCCGCGCAGGCUUUGGAGAUUAUUCGUGGCUGCAAAGGGCUGAACAUUGUGGGGUGUGACCUUGUGGAAGUGGCACCAAUGUACGACGUCUCUGGCAAUACAGCCCUUUUGGGAGCAAACCUACUGUUUGAGAUGCUGUGUGUCCUCCCAGGAGUGAAGACACUGUGAGGGCAGUUCCCACCUGCCCUGGGGAAACACUGCUUGGUGUCCUCAGCCAGGCUUCCCAUGUCCCCUUCCCUUCAGCCAGCUGCAGCCAGUGAAAUAAACACCAUUUACCACUAGAAAAGGUAUUUUUAAGCUGGGAAACUGUAGGGAACAGGCUAGACACCCCAUUUAACUGGGGUCUGGAGCUUUGGAGUUAGCCUGGGAAAGGGAGAGAUGAAACUAAUGCCAUUUUGCCUCUGGAAUGAUUCACCCAGCUCACAGGGCUCCUGGAAAAACUAUCACUGGUAAAAGGUUUGUCCCAUUAGGACAUUGCAGGACAAUGAAUGUAGAAAAAGGGAGACAUAAGCCUCCUGCUAAGAGUAGAGAGAUAUUUCAUUAGAUUUCCUGCUGGUGGAAUAACCAGGAGUUUCAUGUGGUAGGAGCAGUUUAAUGCUCCUGAAAUUUCUGAGAGGACAUGAAGGUGAGGUUAGUUUGUACAUGGAGACAAGAGCCACCUCAUCACACAUUAAAAUAGUUUAUUUUGGUUGCAAACCUGUAAUUGUCUUAAAACAAAAUGACAUCAGUGCCUGUUCACAAAUACAAAACCAAAACAAAACAAACAAAAAAGCCCAAAACAAAAAAACCCCAACCAAACAAAAACCCCCCAAAAUAAAAAAAAAAAGACAAGUUUGCCAAAUAAGUUAAUUCCCCCCCUCCCAGUAUCAAAAGUGCAAAAUAGGUACCUAGUUCUCAGUCCUACUUGUCAGGCUGUGCUUGUGUCCUGGCUCCUGGUUGCUCUGGGUGAAGGGCAGACAGGGACAGGGAGGAGUUUGGAAACAACCUCCACUCUGAGGCCUGUAUCCCUUUGCCUCAGCUCUGAGCACUGUGCCAUCACUCAGAUGUCACUAGGAAAGUGCACUAGGACCAAAUCUCCUCAAUCUUUGGAUUACAAAUCACCACGUGUGGAACAGAAUUGCUCAAGGGUUUGGAAGAUGAUGGGGGUGGCAGCUGCUGGGAGAGGCAGAUCCUGGAUAAGCAGCUCUGACUGUGGUCUCAGGACAGCAAACCCCUGCAGUGCCAUGCUGGCACUGCAGCCAACUAAAUCAGGGGGCAGAGCAGCUUGACUCUUGCUUCAACCCAGGCAAAAAAUUCCAUAAAAUUCCAGCAGCUCUGCUCCUGUCCAGCCACAGCUGGCACAGGUGGACUGAUGCAAGCACUCCCUCAGUUCAACUCUGGCUGAAAGGGGAGGUUACCUGUGCUAAAAAGAAAAUAAACCCAGGGAUUCUGGCAGCCUGUAACAUACACAAUGGAUGUGAAGGCCAUGGAGCCUUCUCCCCUUCCUCAGGGUUGGGCUGAAUUCCCUUGCUAUAGCAUAACCAGGCACUUUUUUUCAUGAGUUGAGGGUUUUCUCCUUGUUUCUGAUCAGCUGAAGAGACAGCAGAGAUCCAGAGAGCAUUCUUCUGCUACUGCAAAUGUUUAAGACAUUAUGUGGAGCCUUCUGCUGGGCUAAAAUCUAUUCCAGCCACAUCCUGCAUGGCAAGCUGUGGAAAAGUGCAGGAAUCCUGUGGUGAUUGCUCCAGCCAGGUGGAAAUAAAAGUGUAGAAGCAUCAG